UCCUGCAGUACUGAAGCCAAAGGGCUCUGGGCUGCUUCUGUGGUCUGCGACUGGAGCAGCUGUCCAUUUUCUUUCCGACUCUCUAGUUUAAGAAACUGAUUGAAAAGGUCCUGUCUUUAGGGGCAAACUGGGCUCUAGAAAGCAAGGUGGUGGUAUCUUUGUCUUAGCAUUUUUCCACGUUGGAUUCAUAAAAAGACGUCGGGGGGAGGGGGGGGGGGUUCAUAAAGUGCAUGUGGAUGCAUUCCCAGUUUUGGAGAGGAAUGAUUGGGCCUUCUCUCUCGCUGGACGUCUCCCUCGGGGAACAGCAACGGGGAAAGUUGUAGGAGAGGCAAGAGGAUGAGAUCGAAGAGAGGAAGGAAGAGGGAGCACCGAGGCAGAGAGGCAGCGGUGGGCAGAAUGCGCGGCCUUCAACUGCGUCAGUCAGCAAGAUCCUCUGACCCAGCCUCAGGAAGACCUCAGGAAGACGCAGGAGCCUAAGAAGUCUGGGCCAACAUGUCAGACCACAGACUACCUACCAGGAUUCUUUUUCUUUUGGUGGACACCUUGUCUUCUUUGCACAUGACCUUUUAGGAUUUCUUUGCAAGCCAUAUCCGUAGAUACGUUUCUUUCUUUCUCGAGCAGAACUGCAGGAAUGAUGUUGUGCUGUGGGGGCUGGUGUGCAACACUGAGAAGAACGGCAAGGCUGCGGGUCAUUCUCUGGAUUAUCUGCUCCAGCUGUCUCUGUUACUCGGCAAAUGCACAGCCCAGGAUCCCGACUGAAACGGUACAACUAUGGGCCAGUGCGUUCGGAGGAGAACUAUAUUCUUUAACCACAAAAUACUCUGGAUCUAUUUUACUACAAAAGAAAUAUAAGGAAGUGGAGCCAGUCAUCAGGAUCGAAGAAGUGGACGGCCUGGACCUGGUGAGGAAAUUUGCUGAAGAGAUGGAAGAAAUGCUGGGGAGGAAGAUGAAAGCAGUAAAAAGGCUGGUUGAAGCUGCAGAGGAUGCUGACUUAUACCACAAAUCCAAUGCAUCAAUAGUGUUUGACUAUUACAAUGCAGUGAAAAUAAAUGAAAAAGAUGAAGAUGGGAACUACUUGGAGCUGGGAAGUGAGUUUGUCCUGGAAAACAACGAGCAUUUCAAUAACCUGCCUGUCAACACCUCUCUCAGUGACAUUCAAGUCCCAACCAACGUCUAUAACAAAGAUCCAGAAAUUCUCAAUGGUGUCUACAUGUCAGAGGCUCUCAACCCCAUCUUUGUGGACAACUUCCAGAGGGACCCUACUCUCACUUGGCAGUACUUUGGCAGCUCCACUGGGUUUUUUAGACUCUACCCAGGUAUUAAAUGGACACCAGAUGAAAAUGGAGUUAUUGCUUUCGACUGUAGGAAUCGGAAUUGGUACAUUCAGGCAGCCACAUCCCCAAAGGACAUAGUGAUCGUCAUUGACAUCAGUGGCAGCAUGAAAGGACUCAGGAUGACCAUUGCCAAGCACACCAUCACUACAAUCCUGGACACCCUGGGGGAGAACGACUUUGUCAACAUCAUCGCUUACAAUGAUUAUGUCCAUUAUGUGGAACCCUGCUUCAAAGGAACUCUGGUGCAAGCAGAUCUUGACAAUCGUGAGCAUUUCAAACAGCUGGUUGAGGGUCUCCAUGCCAAAGGGAUGGGCAAAGUGACGAAAGGAAUGAAGGAGGCCUUCCGCAUUCUGAGUGAGUUCAACCAGACUGGUCAGGGCAGCUUGUGUAACCAGGCAAUCAUGCUUAUUACUGAUGGAGCAAUGGAGGGCUAUAAAGAUGUGUUUGAAGAAUACAACUGGCCGGAUCGGAAGGUCCGUGUAUUUACCUAUCUCAUUGGACGAGAAGUGACAUUUGCAGACAACGUAAAGUGGAUUGCCUGCAAUAACAAAGGUUAUUACACCCAGAUCUCCACACUGGCUGAUGUGCAGGAGAAUGUCAUGGAGUACCUCCAUGUGCUGAGUCGGCCAAUGGUCAUCAACCAUGAUCAUGAUAUCAUCUGGACUGAGGCCUACAUGGACAGUGCGCUUCCUCAAUCAGAUGAGCUGUUUGCCUCCCAGGCUCAGAGUCUGCUCCUCAUGACCACAGUGGCCAUGCCGGUGUUCAGCAAAAAGAAUGAAACGCGUUCUCAUGGGAUCCUAUUGGGAGUGGUGGGAUCUGAUGUUCCCCUCCGGGAGCUACUGAAACUAGCACCUCGAUACAAGCUCGGUGUUCAUGGCUAUGCAUUUUUGAACACAAAUAAUGGGUAUAUCCUCUCCCAUCCUGACCUGCGACCUCUGUACAAAGAGGGAAAAAGACUGAAGCCGAAGCCCAACUACAACAGUGUAGACCUCUCUGAAGUGGAAUGGGAGGACAGUGAUGAAAUUCUGAGAACAGCAAUGGUGAAAGGCGAGACCGGAUAUCUGUCUAUGGAUGUAAAGGUGACAGUGGAGAAAGGGAAAAGGGUGUUGUUUUUGACCAACGACUACUUCUACACAAAUAUCAACGAGACUCCAUUUAGUCUUGGUAUUGUUCUUUCACGGGGACACGGAGAGUACAUAUUUAUUGGGAACAUCUCAGUGGAGGAAGGUCUUCAUGACUUAAUCCAGCCAGAUCUGACAGUAGCCGAUGAGUGGAUCUACUGUGUGACAGACAUCGACCCACAUCAUCGCAAACUUACCCAGCUGCAGGCUGUAAUUCGCUACCUGACCGGAAAGGAUCCAGAUCUGGAAUGUGAUGAGGAGUUGGUACAGGAAGUGCUGUUUGAUGCUGUGGUGACUGCUCCUCUGGAAGCAUAUUGGACAGCCUUAGCUCUCAAUGAAUCCAGCCUGGAUGAGGGAAUUGAGGUAGCAUUUCUGGGCACUAGAGCUGGAUUAAUGCGUACUGGCCAGUUUGUGGGCUCUGAAAAGAGGCUGAACAAGAAGUUCCUAACUAAAGGGGACAAGGAAAGCAUAUUCACCAUGGAUCACUUCCCACUGUGGUACCGUCGUGCAGCUGAACAUCCCCCUGGGAGCUUCAUCUACUACAUUCCUGAGGAGGAUACCAGAGAUGUUUUCAGGGACUACGAAUAUGACUAUAGCCCCUCACCCAGUCCAGAAGACCUUGAACCGGAGUACGAGGAUGAUGGGAAUUCCAAGGGUGAGGUGGUGAUCGCCAGCACCGCAGUGACAGUCACCAUAGAUAAGAAGAUAGCCAUCGCUGCAGCUAUUGGGGUGCAACUCAGGCUAGAGCUGCUGGAGAGGAUCUUCUGGACAGCAACACGACAGCCCAAUGACACUGAUUGCAGCACCAUAGAUGGCUUGUGUCCAAUCAGUUGUGACAACAGUAACCUAAAUUGCUAUCUUAUAGACAGCAAUGGCUUCAUUCUCAUCUCCAAGGAAACGAAAGAGACUGGGAAGUUCUUCGGGGAAGUGGACGGCUCUGUGAUGCUGCAGCUACUGAACAUGGGCAUGUUUAAGAAGGUGACGCUAUUUGAUUACCAGGCCAUGUGCAAGAUGUCCGGCCAUCACCACAGUGGUGCACGGCCUCUGCUGAGUCCUUUCUAUGGAUUUCUGGGAGCCCUCAAGUGGUUCCUCAGCAAUUUAUUCCUUUUUCUGCUGGAGUUUAACUUCUGUGGAUUCUGGCAUUCGGAUAACAUUGUAGAUGCCAAGGCUGUCUUCCAUUCAUCUCACAAGCACAGGAAGCACGAAAUGCUGCAGCCCUGCGACACUGAAUACCCAGCCUUCGUGUAUGAGCCCUCCAUCAAAGAGACCAACGGAUUAAUCGAUUGCGGAAGCUGCCAAAAAAUGUUUGUGGUGCAAGAGAUUUCCAACAGCAACUUGCUGAUGUUGGUCUCCCAAGCAGACUGUGACUGCAGCAACUAUCCUCCUCUGACUCUGGAGCCAAAGGAAGUUAAAUAUAAUGCCUCAGUCAAGUGUGACAGGAUGCGCUCACAGAAGAUCCGGAGACGUCCAGAUUCCUGUCACGCCUUCCACCCAGAGGAAAAUGCCGAAGACUGUGGUGGUGCCUCAGCAAUAUCCUUGUCUUUAGCUCUUUUUAUAUCUUCACUGGCUACAGCUGCAACUGUGCAAUGAGGCUGGAGUCCGACUCCUGUUGCUUCUGUGAAGAGUGCAGUAGGAUGUACCAUGUUUUCUGAAUGAAGCGUGCAUGCAAUGUGUUUUUUUAUCUGAUUUUUUUUAAAGCAAAUGGAUCAAGCCAACGAAAGAAUGCAAAACAGGCAGGGCUGCUAAGGAACAAGAGCUGAAUGGAUUAAGUAAAGGCAGCAUGCUUGGAAAUUUCAAAUGAACAGUGAUUUUUCCGGAACCAUUUAACUAAAGGGCUCCUGGCAACUCUAAGUCUUCCAAGUGAGAUGUACUUUACGAAGAAAAGGAGACAUCCGUGUCAAACAUAGUUUCAGAAACUCUGAUGAAUAAUACGUCCACCUCCUUUGCCAAGAGGCCCUGAAAUAGACUUGUAUUAGAUAUAUAUGCCUUGAAUGCUUUUCAAUAGCUCAUUUAUAACUGUUGGCAGUGAAAUGUGACUUCAAUAUGAGCCGUUUCAAGGAUGGAAUUAAAGAAAUGAGACACUGGGGUGAAGAAAACGUGAUGCAUGAGGAGAAAAGACUGCUUUCAAUCAGGAGUGGGAUUCUGUCUUAACCUACUGAAACGCCAUCUUGUAAAUGGCAAGCAAGCAUGAGGAUACCUUGAAUAAUUACCUUCAUGAUUAAGCGUGUGAAAUAAAUCAUAAAGAAUUAACCCUGGGAAAAUGGGGUUUAACAUUUAUGUCUUUUUAAAUAUACCGACUGUUAACCAUAAUUUCAAAAGGAGAUUUAAACUGCUUGAGAUAUGUCAGAGGAAAGGUUAUGAUGAAAUGGUUAAAAACAAAUCUGAGCAACGAGUGUACAAGACAGCUUAAAACACUGUUGGUAUGAAGUAGUAAAAGACACUUGGCAAUUUUAGGAAUUGACUCUCAACUGUGUUUUAUGGUCCAGUAUGUAUUUAUGGAUUUACUACUCUUCACUAACUUUAAGCAGCCUUAGACUUGAGACUGACAGAUUUGCAAUAGAUUAUGAUUCAGAUUGACAUUGGGCUGGGUUCCAAUUGUGUCAGUUUGAGACUGAACCAGGUGUAAUGGAGGAAGGAAUUUCAGUGAAAUACAGCUGGGGACUUGAUAAAAGGUACUCAGUGAAGAUUUAAACUAGCCAUCUUUUCCUUCUAAAUCCGUUUGAUGACGAAAGAGGGGCAUGGCAGUGCUAUAUAUUUAUCUUUUGUUUACUUUUGUUCAAUUGUUGCCAGCCAGACAAUGAAGGGCUGGGAAGUGUGACUGUUUUCAUUAACUGGAUAAAUAAUAAAGGCAAUCCAACAUUUGAGAGCUGAGUGUUGUGCAAAAACUUAGAAAAUUGCCAAUGUAUUAGCAAUGUAUUAGCCAAUUUAAUGUUUUUUUUUUAUCUUCAUGAGGCUGUCACCAAGAAAAAUGAUUUCCUUUAUUGAGAAACUAACAGUAUGUUGUAGCUAAGAAAGGACCGUAUCGUUUGAAAGUCCCCUAGGCCAUUGGUAUUUGUCUCAGAUGCCAUUAUUUACAGGGUAACAUCAAGCGCCACAUCCUGAAAAUGUACAAGCCCGCCAUUCCUUAAACCUUCUAGACCCUGGCUGUUGUACUGCAUGCUCAGUUGUACUACAAAAUCUUCCUUCUCAAACACCUCCGCAUCAGCCCUGCUGUUCUCAUCAAACUGUAUAACCACACUCCUCUGGUUACUAACCAAUAAGCCAUAUUUUUUUAAAAGAAUGAUGUCAUGUACAAAUAAAUUGAAGCCAAAGGUGCUUGAGGAAAUGUUUCAA